CUCGACUGUGAUUACAAGGAUUUGAUGCUCGGUAAAGGUCGCUUAUACGACAAGUUCUCCAGAUUAGGAAGUCAACCAUCACUACCUGAACAAGAUUUUCUGUUAGCUUGCGAAUCGAGUUCUUGGCAAGGAUAUUUCGGAGGAAACCCCAGCGAGCAUGCUUCCGGGGCGAAUUAUCAGAUUUUCAAGAUAAUCGCCAAUAUAGCGGGGACGCGAUUAAUCAUAUGAUUCCCACGCAAGUCGUGUUAUGAUGUGGUCGACUCCCUUUUCAUUCUUCACUCACGUCAACGCGACAGAGGAAAAGUAUUGAAGUGUAGCAAUGCAGAAAAUGAAGACCUCCAAGAUCAUGUCGACCAACAAGAGAUCCGUCGGAGAGAAAGUUAGAACUUUCUUCCUUGGAGAAGGGGCCAAAACUAAGGAAGAAAGACGACUCGUACAAAAAAUUGACUUUUUUAUCUUGACAUACUGUUGUCUAAGUUAUUUUUUCAACUUUCUAGCCGCCUUUGCCAAUGCCUAUGUUGCCGGGCUGCGCGAGGCUCUUCACAUGUCAGGACAUGAUUACAACACUGUUCUUUCGGUCACAACUGCUGGCAUGGCGAUUGGUCAAAUCCCUCACGGGCUGAUUAUCCAAAAGGUCCCGCCAAGAAUCUGGCUUCCGUCAAUGGUUGUAGUUUGGGCUGCGUUGACCAUGAUCAGCGCUACAGUCAAGACCGUAACACAACUGUGUGUCGUUCGGUUUUUCCUUGGAUUAGCUGAAGCUAGCACAUAUGCAGGGACUAUUUACAUCAUUGGAUCAUGGUAUACCCCUAGCGAAAUUGCAAAGAGAACGGCCAUUUUCACUGCUUCUGGUCAAGUCGGUACCAUGUUCGCUGGAGUUAUGAUGGCGGCCAUCUACAAGGGCAUGGGUGGUCUAGGUGGCCUCGGAGGCUGGCAGUGGGUGUUUCUCAUCGAUGGCAUUAUCACUCUCCCAGUCGCAUUCUUCGGUUUUUACUACUUCCCUGAUAUUCCAGAGAACACCAAGGCAUUGUACUUGAGCGACUCAGAGAAGAAGCUGGCGGUCAGCCGCCUCCCGCCUAUUAAAGAAGGAGGGCAUAGUAUCAGUCCCUUAUCACUGAUGAAACGAUUGGUUAUGUCACCCACUUUCUGGAUUCUCUUAUUUUGGUCUCCAGUGUGCGCCACCUUGGAAGCUUGGGCAGUUCAAAACAACUUUCUCAUUUGGCUCAAGUAUCAAUCGUCCCAUUUCUCACAGAGCCAGAUCAACACGUAUCCUCUCGGAGUUCAAGCUGUUGGAAUUGUUUCGAACAUGUUUGCUGCUUGGCAUAUGGAUGUAACUGGCACCCGCAUUCCCAUGGCUACUCUGGCCAUCGUUCUACAGCUAGUCUGUGCCAUCCUACUUAUUAUACCCAAUAUUCCUUUUGCUGGCACAUUCUUUGCUUUUUAUCUUUCCGGUACUGCUUAUAUGGUCAACCCUCUCAUUUUUGGGUGGGCAAGUAUCAUCCUUCAGAGGAGUGGCGAUGACGCUGUGCGCAGCGUCACGGUUUAUUGCAUGAAUGUUGGGAGCUUGACUCUCUAUACGUUCUGGGGCAUCGUGUUCUAUUCUGCCGAUGAAGCACCAUACUGGCGGAAAGGGUGCAUAGUCAUGAUAGUUUGCUGCUUCGUCAUGCUUGGCUACAUGUGGGCAGUUUGGAAACUUGACAAACACACUCUGGAAAAGUUCGCCCAGCCAGUAUCACAAGACGCAGAGGCUGGGACCCUUGUGUCGGAACUUGUGUCUGGGGUUCCAAUGAGUGAAAGCAAGGAACUCCAGAAGAGAAUUGCCCCAGAAAAGGUGCUGAGCAUUUGA